AUGGCUCCCCAGAUCCCCAACAUUAAGCUCAGCAGCGGCUAUGACAUGCCCCAGGUGGGCUUUGGACUGUGGAAGGUCGACCGCUCGAUCUGCGCCGACGUCGUCUACAACGCAAUUAAGAUUGGCUACCGCCUGUUUGACGGCGCUUGCGACUAUGGCAACGAAGUCGAGGCCGGCCAGGGCAUUGCCCGCGCCAUCAAGGAGGGCAUCGUGAAGCGUGAGGAGCUCUUCAUCGUGUCCAAGCUCUGGAACACCUUCCACGACGGCGACAAGGUCGAGCCCAUCGUCCGCAAGCAGCUCGCCGACUGGGGCAUUGACUACUUCGACCUCUACCUCGUCCACUUCCCUGUCGCCCUCGAGUACGUCGACCCCUCGGUCCGCUACCCGCCCGGCUGGUUCUACGAUGGCGAGAAGGAGAUCCGCCCCAGCAAGGCCACCAUCCAGGAGACCUGGACCGCCAUGGAGUCGCUCGUUGAGAAGGGUCUGGCCCGCAGCAUUGGUGUCUCCAACUUCCAGGCCCAGCUCCUCUACGACCUGCUGCGCUACGCCAAGAUCCGCCCGGCCACCCUUCAGAUCGAGCAUCACCCCUUCCUCGUCCAGCAGGAGCUGCUCAACCUGGCCAAGGCCGAGGGCAUUGCCGUGACUGCCUACAGCUCAUUCGGCCCUCAGAGCUUCCUCGAGUUCAACAUGAAGCACGCCGUGCAGCUCACCCCGCUCUUCGAGGACGAGACCAUCAAGAAGAUCGCCGCCAAGUACAACCGUCCUGCUUCGCAGGUUCUCCUGCGCUGGGCCACUCAGCGCGGUCUGGCCAUUAUCCCCAAGAGCACGCGCCCCGAGAUCAUGAAGUCCAACCUCGAGAGCAUCGAGUUCGACCUCAGCGAGGAAGAUAUUGCCACCAUCUCGGCCUUCGACCGCGGCCUGCGCUUCAACCAGCCCACAAACUACUUCCCCACCGAGCACCUCUGGAUCUUUGGCUAA